UCCAGCAAUACACUUCUGUAGGCGAAUUUUCCAAACAUUAAAUGCCUCAAGCCGUUCAUUUCUUGGAAUCGAUGAAAGCAACACAUUUAUAGCUUGUCCAAGAAAUUCAUCUGUCAACCUUGCUGCAUGAGAAGUGGAUUUUCAUGUGGGAGCAUGAGUCUUCUAACAUUCACUACUUGAAGAAUUUCUAGAAGACACUUAGUGGUGUACCAGGUAGCUGUGACUGUCUUCUGUCCUUCCAGCUUGAUGGGUUUGACUAGUCCUGUACAUCUGAAGAAAAUAGCAAACAUUGCUUUUUUCAUGGCACGUUGUCUUUUCACCAUUGUGGACGUGGGAUUAUCUUCAAAGAUUCAUACUUAUAUUGUAUGUGUUGGAACGUCAAAAAAACGAGCUAUAAGCCUGCAUCGCGAUUUCCAUGACAGAAGAGCUCUUUGUAAAACUUCCAGGGCUAUUGGUUUCAAUACGCAGUAUCGUCCUGACAUGUAUCAACAACAAACACUUUCAACAUGUUCAAAGGACUUGCCAUCUGAACCGAUUCACACUUUAGAACGUCAACGAACGGAUCAUCGUACAUUCCCAAAGAUAUCAGGCAUCUUACAAAUUCGUGCAGCUGCUUCAAUACCUUUUGCAACGAGGUCUUUGUCGGAUGCAACAGGGGCUUCGUAAAAGCUUCUUCAUGCAGCCUCACGGGAGGAAAUCAAGAGGGUGCAAGUCCAGGGUUCGUGGAGGCCAUAUGAAGGGGCCAGCAAGGCCGAUGCAUUUUGCUGGACAAAUCGCAUUGAGAUAAUGCCGCUCAAUUUGAUAGAAAUCAGCGGGUGUCCCGUCGUGUUGAAAACGUAUAUUAUGGUGAAGGUAGCUAUGGCAAGACCUCCUUUAAAACAUCCAAAACGAUCUCCAAUUCAUAUUAAAACAAAAAAUUGAUGCAAUUCACGUAGCAGAAAUUCAAAUAAAAUUUUGUUUUAACUUUGCUUAGUUUGAGAGAUUUAGGGCAGAAAUUUAGAAUAAGUGAAAACCAAGUAAGUCAUAUGCUAAAAGAUAGAGAAGAAAUAAAAAUAUUAUAGAUUACUAACUCAAAUGAACGUUCCAAGACUGUAAAGGUUAGGAAAACUGAAGCAUGUGAAGUUGAUAGAAUAGUGCUCAAUUGAUUUUAUUCUGUAAAAGGAAAUAAUAUUUCUAUGUGUAAGUGGAGUAAUAUUGCAAGAAAAGGCAAAAGCAGUUUUGAGAAAUCUGAGAUUACAGAACUUCAGAGUAUCGAAUGGUUAGUUAAACAAAUUUAAGCAGAGAUAAAACGAUACUUUUAAGACUAUUUAUGUUGAAGAAACAUCAGUAAAUAAUGCAACAUGUAAUGGACAGUAUAGAAAUGCUAAAUGAAUUUUGUGGAGGGUAUGAAGCUAAAAACAUCUACAGUGCAGUUCAAACUGGAUUUUUUUAUAUAAUUCUGUCUAAAGCAUAAAAAUGCUUUGGUGGUGAAAGCUCCAAGAAACGUCUCACUGUACUACUUUUGCUGCAACAGUGAAAGAAGAGUUUGAGCAACCAUCUGUAAUUGGAAUGGCUUCAAUCACACCAAUCCAAAAUUUUGUUCUAUUAGCAUUAGAAUGGACGCAAAGCAUAAUGUCAGAAUGGUUGAUUGCUGAAGACAGAGAAGAGCCAGAAAAAAACUUUCAUGAAAAAAAAUAUACAGAAUAUACAGAUGCUUUAAAAUACACCUCCCAAUUAAAAAAAAAAAUCGCGAUAACUAGUGGUGACGAUCAUCAGUGACUUUUACAUCCACGUGGGAAAAAAUGCUUGCGAUAUACUGGACUUUCAAACAAAACUGUGUAAGGAUUAUUUUCAAUAAAAAACAAAAAAGUA